AUGACCGUGGUUCCUGUCUCAGUUUCGCCCAGUGAGGCCCAAAUUGCCGUCGAUGAGGCAUUGGAGAAAGUUGCGAAGCAGCUUCGUGAUCUAAAUCAUUACAUCUGGUCAAACCCCGAAUUAGCUUAUGAAGAGCACAAGGCACAUGACGCAAUCUGUGAUUUCCUUGAGAGCCAGGGUUUUACUGUUACAAGACAUGCCUUUGGUGUCGACACUUCGUUCGAAUGUAUCAGUGGAACAGAGGGCCGAAUGAUCAACUUCAAUGCGGAAUAUGAUGCGUUGCCCGACAUUGGACACGCUUGUGGACACAACCUGAUUGCUACUAGCAGUAUUGCGGCCUUUCUGGCCCUGAGUCACCUGCAAAAGAAGUUUGGAUUGGGUGGUAGAAUUCAGCUUCUGGGUACGCCUGCCGAGGAGAAUGGCGGCGGAAAGGCCAAGCUUCUCGACGCCGGAGCUUAUAAGGGAGUCGACAUCUCCUUGAUGAGUCAUGGUGGUCCAUCAAAUAUGACUGGAACUCCAAGUGAUGGUUGCGCCGGUGUAUUGAUGAACGCCCGCAAGGAGCUCCAUGUCGAAUACUUUGGAAAGAACGCCCACGCAGGUGGUAACCCCUGGGAUGGCGUCAACGCCCUUGACGCGUUGGUUCAAGCCUAUAACGGUAUUUCGACUUUGCGCCAGCAGAUCUUGCCCGAUGAACGUAUCCACGGAGCGUUCCUUGAUGUCCCCAAGGUCGCUAAUGUGAUCCCCGCGUACACCAAGUCUUACUGGCAGAUUCGCAGCCCGUCAUUGAAUGGAUUGAACAGUCUUAUUGCCCGAGUCCGGGCCUGCGUGGAGGGGGCUGCUGUGAUUACGGGCUGCACAGUGAAGAUUGUUGAAGAGGGACUUUACACCGACGUCGUUUUGAACUCGACUUUGUGCGAGCGAUUCACAGAAAAUAUGCGCGGCUAUAAGAGAGAGAUUAUUCAAAAGUACGACAAGGUCUUGACCGGUAGUUCCGACGUCGGAAACGUGAGCUACGCAGUUGCCACUCUCCACAGCAUGUUUAGCAUUCGCGCCCCCGAAGGAUGCUUCCCGCAUCACCCUAGCUUCACUGCUUGUGCUGGUACGGACGAGGCUCACGAGGAGGCUCUUCUGACUGGUAAGGGUCUGGCCCUUACCGGAUGGGAUAUGUUGACCGAUGAUAAACUUUUCGAAUCUGCCAAGUCCCAGUGGGAAGGACAGAUUCUGCCCAAGGCUUGA